UUGUGUGUGGAUGACUUGUGGAGUUCUAUCGGAUUUUCUGUCAUUGUCAAUCCUUCAGUUGAUCCAGUUUCUUUAAGCUGUUUUAAACAAUGUUUCUUCGCGUCCUAGAACUUAUAUUUUUUAUUUACUUUGCGUCUCAUAUUCCUAUAACACUCUUCAUUGAUCUGCAGGCACUGCUACCUGAACACGUGUAUCCUCAACCACUGAAAGAUCUGUUGACCUGGUAUGCAGCUGAAUUUAAAGAUCCCAUGGUGCUGGAUCCACCUGUCUGGUUCAGAUCAUUUAUAUUCUGUGAAGCCCUUGUUCAGUUGCCUUUCUUUCCAGUAGCUGCAUAUGCCUUCCUGAAAGGCAGCUGCAGAUGGAUCAGGACUCCAGCAAUCAUAUACUCUACACAUGUGGCCACCACCCUGAUUCCCAUUCUUGGCCACAUCUUGUUGCACAACUUCCCACUGGUACCUCACCCAGGUCCGCAAACCUCCCAUGAGCGUUGGGCACUGGUGUUUGUAUACGCUCCGUACCUUUUAAUUCCCAUCAUGCUGCUCUUCACUAUGCUCUUCAGCUCAGAAUAUAGUAGCUCUGCCUCUCCAAGUGCAAAGACUUCAUCCAAAGCCAAGAAACUAAAGUAGAAUAUAAUGACUACAAAUCACAGUUGUUAAUUUGAUUUAAUUGAGAAAAAAAGAAAAUGUACUGUAAGUGCCAGAAACAAUCUGAAUCUUUAUGAAGAAUCAUCUUUGUAAACAAACAUAUUAUUUUGUGAGGACCACAUAUGUCUGUGUCAAGCUGUGACCAUUCCAUUGAUAGAAAAUCAACUCUUGCCUAUGUAACAGAAAAUCUUUACUUUAAUAACCGUUCUGUCCUGGUUAGUACAGAUGUCAUCUGUAAACAUUGAAUGCAAUGUGGGAAUACCAUUCAUAUGGUGCUAGUCUAUCACAUGGCAUCACACAUACCUCAAAUCUAUGCAUUAAAUCACACCCAGAGUCAAUUUAAAUUAGGCAGAGGUGGUGAAACAAGUACUCACAGGAAACCCAUGUUGUCACACAUGCCAAAAACACUAAUGCCAGAUUACAAACAGUGAUUGGAUUAGUUUGAACCUAGUUUGACCCUGGUGUUAUGUGGAACCCACACUACUUGUGCAAUAUUGCCACACUCUGAGGGAAAAUGAAUCCUGGCUAUUUUACUAAGUAAUUGUUGAAUCUACACCUGAUUUUUUAGAAGGAGGAGGCAUAAAUUGUGGUACAAAACCAGCCAUCACUUUUUGCUUGACUCAGUUAACUACAACUGAAUAUAUAAGAGCUGCAGUCAAUUUCUUUGCAUGGAAUUGUUAUAAUUUCAUUGCUAUUACUAUGCAGUUACCGGGUUGCCAGAAAUCUGUGUGUUUAAGGUAUUUCCUAACAGAAUUUGGCUUAAUGAUGCCUGGGAAUGGCACAUGCUUAGAAAUGCUGUACAGACCUGUAAUGACUAAAAUGCCAGUUGCUCCCUUCUGCCAGCUAACUGAGUGAGGAUAAAUACAAGCCAGGUCCAUCAGCUGCUUCACAUCAAGAAACUGUAAAAUGCCAGCGCUGUACUGCUUGUUCAGAAUCAGAGUGCUGUUUUGAUUUGUAACAAUGUAGGCAUACAUGAGCAAAAUAAAUGUAUUUGAACAUAAAUCAACUCUACAUGGUGCUUGUAAAAGCAACAUAUGAAGAGACAAUAAAAAAUAAAACUGUUCAGUAUUGAA